UGCCCAAGGCUGUCUGCCCCUGCCCAUGGGUUCCUCCAACCCAAGAACCCCUGUACAAAGAAGAAGGUACCUUAUGGAGCAUCCUGUCAGUACAGCUGUGAAGAUGGGUUCCAACUGGAAGGAAUUUCAGACACUACCUGUAACAACACUGGGGAAUGGAAUAACCUAACAGAGGAACCAACUUGCAAAGACAUCACCGCUCCCAGCAUCACCUGCCCUGAUGACAUCAUCAUGGAGGCAGCAGAGGGGGAGAACAGUGCCAAUGUCACCUGGGCAGUCGCUGUUGCCACGGACAACGCAGACAACGACGUGCCAAUCACUGUCGUCCCCACGGUCUGGCCUCCGCGACUGUUCUCCAUAGGAGUGGUGAACGUGACAUACUCAGCACGGGACAAGUCUGGCAAUGUGGCACACUGCACCUUCACCAUCACUGUCAAAGACACCCAGCCCCCUGUGAUUGACAAGUGUCGGUCUCCCCCACCAUUCCUGUCCAAGACUGGGAUGGCCAAUGUGAGCUGGGAGGAGCCUCAGUUCUCUGAUAACUCAGGGGAGCAUUUGAAGAUGUUACGCAGCCAUGAGCCAGGACUGUUUCCCUGGGGAACUUCAAUUGUCAACUACACGGCGGUGGACACUGCUGGGAACAGCAAGAGCUGCAACAUCAUUGUUCAUGUACAACAACAUGUGUGUGAUGUACCAGACGACCCCCUGUACGGUGCGAGCGACUGUAACACCAUGGAGCGGGGCAUCAACUGUACCCUGCACUGCUCCAACAGCCACGGGUUUGCCAUCCAGCCUGAGAACUUCUACUACUGCACGCUGGAGGGAAACUGGCUCCCUACAGAACACCACAAGCCUUGGUGGCCUGACUGCUCAAGUAAAAAGUUGGCAAAUGAUGCCUUGAAGCACAUACAGAUGCAUUACGAGUCCAGCCUGUGGUGCAACAGCCCAACCUUCCUGGACUCUGUGAAAGAAAGUGUCAGUGCCAUGGUGACAAACAAGAUGUCAGACUACUGUGGAAAUGACAUUGAGUGUCAGCUGAGGCACGUGUCAUCACGGUGUGUGCAAAUCAACUAUGGAGAAGCCAACUGGAAACAGGUCCUGUCAGGAAGUGAAGAACCUCAGUACUCUGAUGUGAUGUUCCACCCUGCGACAAACCUAAAGAUGGGCAAAAGAAAUAAAAGAAACCUGUUAAGCCACCUCAGGAAAAAGCAUCUGGGCAGGAAACAAACUGACUUUGCACAGCAAACAAGGAGACAUUUAGAGCAUCAACUUAAGAGUUUACAAAAUAAUGAAAAGAGAGGGAAACGAGACCGUGGACAUGAGGAAACCCAGGAAAUCUAUGGCAAGUGGACCAGAAAGACUUCUACCAGUGAGUUUCCCACGUUGGAUAGUAUAUUCAGUGGUUCCUACAGGACCUCAGCUCGCAGAGAGGACGUCAGAAGGGAUGUGGAGAAAAAUGGGCAAUACCAAGGAUCCUUGUCUGAAGAGAUUGAGGCUGCAACUGACGAUCCUGAGGACCAGAUAGGGGUACCAUCCUACAGGAGGAUAUCCUCUAUUCAGCUGGGGUUGAAUGACCUGAGAAGCCGGAUACCUGAAGCUCCAGACUGGGAGGGCACUGGUAUCUAUGACAAGAACAACCUGGUCUCAUACCAGGUACAGGUAGAAUUAGAACUCACAGGUCAUGCCACACCUCCCCCUGACAGCACCACAGAGGAGCAGCAACAGCUACAGAAGGAGCUGCUGAACACCCUGGACGAUGUGCCUACUCACAUGACCACAGAUGGGGCAGAGGGGGCGCUGGACAUCGAUGUAGAUGGACAUGACCUGAGACUGGACUUUAACGCCAUCGACACUCAGCCGGCCUCCCUGUUCUGUCAGCCGGGGGCCGUCCUGAGGGGGGCCUUCUGUGUGAACUGUCCCCAGGGAACAUUCUUUGAUGUUCAGAGGGGGGAGUGUGCAGCCUGCCCUGUUGGUACGUACCAGGACCUGGAGGCACAGCUGCAGUGUGACAUCUGUCCUAGCAAGACCUCCACAGCUACACAAGGGUCCAAAACUGUCAAGGACUGCAAGGCCAAGUGCAAACCUGGCAGUUUCUCCCCUGAUGGGUUGGAGCAGUGCGAGACAUGUCAGAUUGGGUACUACCAGCCUGAGGAGGGCAGCAGCUCCUGUCUGUCCUGUGAUGGGAACCACACCACAGCCAGGAGGGGCACACGCACAAGCAAGGACUGUGGAGUGCUGUGCCAGCCUGGUUAUGUGUCAGCUACAGGUCUGGAAGAGUGCUACCCCUGUCCUGAGGGAUACUACCAGGAGAGGCCUGGCAUGUCUGUCUGUAAUGCCUGUUAUAAGGGUGGUGUAAGACCUGGUAAGGGAGCCAAGAAAGGGGCAGCCUCCAUUUUUGAGUGCCUCGGAAGAGCAGCCUAUGUUGAUGUAAACGUGACCCAGUUUGAGUUGGCAGCAGACCUGACGUUUAACGACUGUUUCUCCGACCCCUGUGAGAAUGGAGGAGACUGCAGGAGCAUCAGUGCUGGCUAUGUGUGCGACUGUGUGGCAGGGUACACAGGUGUGAACUGUGAAGUGGAGAUUGACGAGUGUUUGUCGUCACCAUGUCUGAACAAUGCCACCUGCACAGACCAACUCAACAUGUUCACCUGUGCCUGCACACCUGGAUUUACAGGAUCCACCUGUGGUGAGGACAUUGACGAAUGCCUGUCAUCUCCCUGUCAGUACGAUGGCACCUGUGUGGACAAGACUAACGGCUACCAGUGCAUCUGUUCCAAGGGAUAUACAGGAACAAACUGUGAAAUAGAGGUGAACGAAUGUUACUCUGGGCCAUGCAUGAACGGGGGCAUCUGCUUGGAUCUGAUUGGUCAGUUUUCCUGCUCCUGUUCACCCGGUUACCACGGAGACAGAUGUCAGUUAGAUAUCAAUGAGUGUUCCAGUCAACCCUGUUUCAACAAUGGAACAUGUGUCGAUGCUGUCAACUCAUUUAGCUGCCAAUGCCCUGUGGGAUUCACCUCUGAUUUGUGCGAGAUAGAUAUUGAUGAGUGCGAGUCUGAUCCGUGUCAGAACGGUGCCACCUGCCUGGACCAGGUGGGCAGCUACACCUGUGUGUGUGCACCUGCUUUCUCAGGUGCCAACUGCGAAACAGAGGUUCCCUCAGAUUUCAACCUUGAGUUUGAGAGUUCAGGGACUGUUGAUUACGUGAUGAUUGACAGCAUUCCAUCGCUGAAGGCACUGUCGUGUGCCUUCUGGAUGCGUAGCACAGACAAACAGAACUAUGGGACCCCACUGUCUUAUGCAACAAGCUCAGAGGACAACACAUUUGUGCUGACAGACUACAAUGGUUUUGUGCUAUACAUCGGUGGGAGCAGCAAGGUGACUGACGUGACAGCUAACGAUGGCCGCUGGCACCACAUCUGUGUCACCUGGACAUCAGAGGGAGGGGUGUGGAGAAUCUACAAAAAUGGUUUCCUGGUGGAUAUGGGACAGGGACUGGGAACAGACAGGGUUAUACCAGGAGGAGGUGCUUUUGUCUUGGGACAAGAACAGGACUCCCGAGGAGGAGACUUCCAUGCCCCUGAGUCAUUCAUCGGACAGAUAAGCCUCCUGCAGCUGUGGGACUACGUCCUGUCAGAAGAUGACGUCUUCACCAUGGCAACCACCUGUCAGAAGAACGUGGGAAACGUGCGGGCGUGGCCAGACUUCCUGCCAGGAAUUGUGGGACGAGUGAAGAAGACACCAACAAAUAUUUGUAAAGGCUGUGAGUCGUUGCCUCCCACACCCCGAUAUGGGUCCAUCAUUGGUAACAACACAUCUAUGGGGUCCAGGAUUAUCUACAGCUGUGACACUGGGUAUGAGCUGGAGGGGCUGCCGUACAGGGACUGUCUACUGGACACCUCAUGGUCGGGGGAAGCACCGGGUUGUAAAAAAAGAUCGUGUGGUCCCCCUCCAAGUGUCCGCUGGGGAAGGCCUGUCGGUGCGAGUGGUUACAGGUACCAGGACACCGUGCGCUACCAGUGUUACCAUGGCUACCAACUGGACAAUGACACCAUGCUCACCUGUGGCCCUGAAGGACUCUGGGAAGGGGACUGGCCUACAUGUCUUGAUGUGGAUGAGUGUGCAGCAGCUGACCUCCACACCUGUUCUGUCCAUGCCGACUGCGCCAACACACCUGGAGACUACACCUGUCAGUGCAGAGUAGGCUUCACUGGGGAUGGACGCACCUGUAAAGUGGUAACAUGUGACCCUCCAUCUGAACUCCCCAAUGGUAGGAUAUCAGGGAGCAGCUAUGAGUUUAACCACACCCUGGAGUACAAGUGCAACACAGGUUAUGUUCUGAAUGGCACGGAUGAGCGCACCUGUUUAUCUUCAGGAGAGUGGAGUGACAAGAUCCCCUUCUGCCAGCCUGUGAACUGUGGCCAGCCAGACAGUAUUGAGAAUGGGAUCAUGAUUGGCAUCUCCUUAACCUACCAGAGCGACGUCCAGUACCAUUGUGAGCAGGGCUACACACUGGUAGGGGAGAGCUCAAGAGUUUGUCAGGCUAACGGACGCUGGGGAGGGGAUGUGCCGUACUGUGAACGGAUCUCCUGUGGACCACCCAGGAAGGUUGAGCACAGCUUUCUCUUCUCCGAUGGCGACUACAAGUAUGGAAGCACCGUGUCAUUCGCGUGUGACAAGGGAUUUGAAUUGGAGGGGAUAGCUUCACAAAUGUGCCAGGCAAACGGGACGUGGAGUGGCGAGGCGCCCAAAUGUGAGCGAAUCUCCUGUGGUCAACCGGCAGAAAUCCAACACGGCUCACUGACAGUAGGUGAUGUGAGAUAUGAGAGCCUUGUCCAGUAUGACUGUGACAUAGGACAUAUCUUAAUUGGGAAUGACACAAGAAUGUGUGACUCUGAUGGUCUUUGGAAACCAGGCCUCCCACAGUGUACUCCCAUCAAAUGUGAUAACCCUCCUAAAAUAACACAUGGUAUAAUCAUAUCCAGCUCUGAUAUCAGUGUGUACGAAAGUGUGAUCACCUACAACUGUGAACCAGGAUACGUCAUACAAGGAGACAGCAACAUGACUUGUCUUGCUGAUGGCUCCUGGUCAGGCCAACCCCCGACCUGUGUGGCAAUCAGCUGUGGCCUCCCUACAGAGUUUCCACAUGCCAAGGCAGUUGGAGAGGUCUAUACCUUCAAAAGUAAAGUGCAAUAUGCCUGUGAACCUGGUUAUGAAACAGAUAAACCAGCAGAUUCAACCUGUAUGGACAACAAGAGCUGGUCAGUGCCAGUGGUUAACUGUAACCCCGUAUCAUGUGGCAAGCCGGACGAUGUGGAAAAUGCUUUUAUCAAAGGAAGCAGCUACACAUACAAAAGUAUCAUCACGUACCACUGCACUGAAGGCUAUGUUCUUGUAGGGGAAGGGAUACAAGAGUGCCAAGCAAACCGUUCCUGGAACGGAGUCACACCACAUUGUGAGAGGGCUCCCUGUAAGCCCCCACCUGCCCUGAAGUAUGGACAGCCGUUAGCUCUUAAUCUAAAGUACGGAGAUACUGUGCAGUAUGACUGUGACAAAGGGUUUGAACUAGUGAGCACUGGUAGGAGGAAAUGCCUGGCAGAUGGGACAUGGAGUGAGGAGGAGGUUCAGUGUGAGCCGGUGCAAUGUAGUGUUCCAUCACUGGACAAUGGCUCAAUACAUGGACCAGACUUCCACUAUGGUGAAACUGUCACGUUCAAGUGUAACGAAGGGUAUGUCCUCCAAGGUGCUGAUGCAGCAACAUGUGAAGCUGACAGAAGUUGGAGUCACCCACCUCCAUCCUGCCAACCAGUGUCGUGUGGCAGGCCAGCAUUGGUCGGGAAUGGAACACUUAUCGGGGGAAACUUUGAAUUCCAAAGUGAAGUGACCUACACCUGUGACAAAGGAUAUUACCUUGUGGGAAACUACAGGCGCAGAUGUUUGUCAAAUAAGACGUGGAGUGGCAAAACGCCAGAUUGUGAACCUGUAUCAUGUGGGAAUCCUCCCAAAUUACAGUAUGGAUCCUACAAAGCUGAGAACGUUCAUUUCAAGGGUGCUGUACAGUACAGAUGUUACCUGGGUUGGACACUGAAAGGAGAAGGUAGUCAGACUUGCUUGUCUGAUGGAAGAUGGUCAGGCAGUCCACCUGUCUGUGAUCCAAUAUCUUGUGGAGAACCCCCUGCUGUGGAAAAUGGAGUAGUUAAGGGUACAAACUUCUCCUACACAAGCGUGGUGAAGUAUGUGUGCGACCAUGGAUUUGAGCUGCAAGGAAAUGACACCAGGGAAUGCCAAGCAGAAGGGGAAUGGUCCCCAACUAACGCCUUCUGCAGAGCUAUCUCAUGUGGGCUACCACCGACUGUAGAUAAUGGGCGGUUCGUGGGAAACAACUUCACCUAUGGACGAUCGGUGUUAUACAAGUGUGAUGAAGGAUACGAGCUGGCAGGGAAGAACCUCACCUGGUGUAACGCUGACGGACUGUGGACAGAUUGGAAGGAUGAAGCACCUACCUGCCAACCUGUCUCCUGCCAACACCCGCCAAGCAUUGAUAACGGAGUCAUUGGCAUCGGCAACUUCAAGUUCCAGAGUGUUAUUCAUUACAAGUGUAGCAUGGGAUAUGUCCUGAAAGGGGCAUCCAAGAGGACUUGCCAAGCGAACAGGACAUGGAGUGGAGCGGAGCCAAAGUGUGACCCUGUAUUCUGUGGCAGUCCGCCCAACAUUACAAACGGUCUAGUACAGGGGCAGUACUUCUAUUACCUGGGUUUUGUGAAGUAUAGUUGCAGAAAGGGGUACAGACUGGUGGGAGAGAAGGAGAAAUAUCACUGUCAAGAUGACGGAACCUGGGAAGAACCACCACCAUCCUGCAACCCUGUUUCAUGUGGUCAGCCUGAAAGCAUAGACAAUGGCCGAGUGGAUGGACACAACUUUACGUAUGGAGGUGUAGUGUCCUAUCAUUGUGAAGAUGGACACCAACUGCAAGGCAUUGGAACAAGGGUGUGUCUUGACAGCGGGUCUUGGAAUGGAACUUCUCCUAUGUGUGAGCCCGUGUCUUGUGGAAAACCAUCAGAAAUCCUGCAUGGUAGUGCCAACGGUACAAAUUUCAGGUACAAGAGCACUGUGAUUUAUUCCUGCAUCUCUGGAUAUGAACUCAAGGGGGCAAAGGAGCUCACAUGCCAGGCAGACAAGACAUGGAAUGGUGAGGUGCCAACCUGUGAGCCAGUCAGCUGUCCAGAACCCCCUGACAUUGAACAUGGGAGUAAAUCAGGGGGUAGUUACAUAUUUGGCACCGACGUAACAUACACGUGUGAUGUUGGGUACAAACUUACAGGGACAGGUAAUGUCACCUGCCAGGAGGACAGGACUUGGAGCCAUCCAUUACCCAAGUGUGUCAUCGUCUCCUGUAUGGUGCCAGAUCCUAUCACAAACGGGGCUGUGGUUGGCUCUGACUACACAUACGGCAGCACUAUUCAGUACCAGUGUAAGGAGGGGUACCUCCUGCGAGGGGGGUCCAAGCGGACUUGUCAGGAGGAUGGAACAUGGAACGUCCCUCCUCCCUUGUGUGUGCCCAUUCGCUGCAUACCUCCUAGGCACAUCUUUGAUGGUAUGAUCACAGGCCAGGACUACACCUUUGGUAGCAUCGUCCAGUACAGCUGUAAGGUGGGGUAUGAGCUGCAGGGACAGAGGGAGAGACGGUGUCAGGCAAACGCCUCCUGGUCUGGAAGGACACCUUUGUGCAUACCGGUAUCCUGUGGACAACCUGACACUGUAGAAAAUGGAAAAGUCAAAGCAAAUUUUGGGCACAUCUACAACGAAGUUGCGGAAUAUACCUGUGAUGAGGGAUAUGUGUUAUCGGGUAACCAUAGCCGAAUCUGUCAAGCUGAUGGUACGUGGAGUGGUGAGAACCCAAGAUGCAAGCCCCGACACUGCCCUGUGCCUAGCCACCUGAAAAAUGGGAAAAUGAAAGGUAUACACUACUUCUACGGACAGUCUGUGCAGUACUCAUGUAAUGAAGGUUACAUCUUGCAUGGUUCUGUGUCGAGAAGUUGUCAGGCAGAUGGCAUGUGGAGUGGCUCGGAACCAGUGUGCAAGAAAGUGGCCUGUGGUGCACCUAAGGACAUAAGUAAUGGGCACACCUUUGGACAAAGAUACCUCUUUGAAGACACAAUAACUUACGUAUGCAACAGAGGGUACACUCUGGAUGGUGCUUUGACAAGAAUGUGUCAAUCCAAUGGACAGUGGAGUGGUAUAAGUCCUACAUGUAAACCUGUUGAAUGUAACAUCCCAAACAAAAUCCUGUAUGGAAAAGUGACAUACAGCAGUCUUACAUACAGAAGCAUGGCCAGCUACCAUUGUGACCCAGGGUUUGUCUUGGAAGGUGUUAGUGAGAUAAUGUGUGAACAUGAUGGCACAUGGAAGAACAGGCUACCCUCAUGUGCACCUGUGUCCUGCGGAAAUCCUCCAACAGUACUGAACUCAGUCAGAACAGGGGACAACUACACCUUUGGCAACACAGUUGCUUACACAUGUAAAGAAGGGUACAGACUGCAAGGGAGUCGACAAGUUGUUUGUAAGGAGGAUGCGACAUGGAAUGGACUGAAUGGUGACACAUUUUGUGAACUCAUCAUUUGCCCAACCCCAGCAAACAUUCAGAAUGCAGAGCUGACUGGACAAGAUUAUCAGUAUGGAAGCAUCAUUCAAUAUAGCUGCCUCCCAGGCUUUGAGCCUGUUGUGGUCGGUGGUAACACAAGGAGAUGUGAGGAAGAUGGACAAUGGAGUGACAGCAGUUUUCAGUGCUCUCCCAUAUCCUGUGGCUCUCCAAAUCCCAUUGAACAUGGUAGUGGAACAAUUUCAAACACUUUGUACCAGGGAGAGAUCAGGUAUUCAUGCAACACAGGUUACAGACUGGAGGGAGGGGAUGUACGAGUUUGCCAGGCUGACAGGACAUGGAGUGGAACACCUCCACAGUGUUUACCUGUGAGCUGCCCCUCCCCACGGCCUGUUCCAAAUGGUAAAGUCCAAUCUACCCAGCUCACGUACCUCCAAACCAUCUCUUACACUUGUGAUCUCGGUUAUGAGCUGAAAGGAGAGGCUACAAGAACAUGCCAGGCUGAUCAAACUUGGAGUGGACGUCCCCCAACAUGUAAACCUGUUGAUUGUGGCCAGCCAGGCCCUGUAACAAAUGGUGAAGUACAAGGGAAAGAUUUCACAUACCAGCAGUCCAUAGUGUAUACCUGCAAUGAUGGAUACAAAAUAAAGGGAGCAUCCAGAAGAACAUGCGGUGAGAACAGACAAUGGAGUGAUAAGAAGCCUCAGUGUAUUGCUGUUAGUUGUGGCCAACCUGAAGCUCCCACCAACAGUUUCAUCAGAGGCACAGACUUCACGUAUGGAAACUCAGUGUCCUAUAGUUGCACCUUGGGGUUUGAACUUCAUGGAGGCAAGACUAGAAUGUGCCAGGCAAAUCAAACCUGGAGUGGGCAGACUCCUACCUGUGCCCCAGUCAACUGUGGUCAGCCAGGUGAAGUCCUGAAUGGUUAUCUUAAAGGGUCUGACUUCACUUACCAGCAGUCAGUGGUCUACUAUUGUGAGGAGGGGUACAACCUUGUUGGAGAGGGAAGACGAACAUGUAAGGAAGACAGAAAGUGGAGUGGGGAGGAGCCACAGUGUUCACCUGUGAACUGUGGGGACCCUGGGACUAUAACACAUGGCAGAUUGGAGGGAAGGGACUUCACAUACAAUCAAACAGUGACAUACAGAUGUGAUGUAGGGUUUGAACUUCGAGGAACCAAAGAAAGGAGAUGUUUAGCAAACAGAGCAUGGAGUGGAGAAACGCCUACCUGUGACCCUAUUAGCUGUGGACAACCAGAUUCCAUCACCAAUGGUGAGGUGCAAGGUUCAGCUUUUACCUACUUAGAAUCUGUAACUUAUGUUUGUAACAAGGGAUAUAAAAUGGCUGGAGAAGCAAGACGGACAUGCCAGGAAGACAGGACAUGGAGUGGAGUAGAACCACGCUGUGUUCCUGUCACCUGUGGUGAACCUGGCACCAUCUCACACGGUACUCUACAAGGGACUGACUUCACUUACAGAGAGACAGUGAGCUACACGUGUGACACAGGUUACCAACUUGAAGGACUGGAGCAAAGAAUAUGCCAGGCUGAUAAGAUGUGGAGUGGGGAAGCACCCACAUGUACCCCAGUGAGCUGUGGGCAGCCUGAACCUGUUCCCCAUGGCAUCGUAAAUGGUACCGACUUCACUUACCAACAGACUGUAGUCUACCAUUGCAGGGAAGGGUAUGAUUUGGUUGGAGAAGCCAAACGUAUUUGUGGAGCUGACAGACAGUGGAGUGGAGAGGAACCAAAGUGUGAGCCUGUUCAGUGUGGCAAACCUGAGUCUAUCCUUGAUGGUCUCCUUGUAGGAGAGGACUUCACUUACGGGAAAACUGUAGCAUACAAAUGUAACUCUGGAUAUGAGCUGAGUGGUUCUGAUAGUAGGGUUUGCCAAGCUAAUAAAACUUGGAGUGGACUUCCUCCAACUUGCAAUCCUGUUAACUGUGGGCAACCAAACACAGUAAGCAAUGGUGUGUUAAAUGGUACAGUAUUUACUUACAGACAGUCUGUAGUGUACACGUGUCACCAGGGGUAUGAGCUACUGGGUGAUGCAAAACGGAAUUGUGGCGAGGACAGAAAAUGGAGUGGGGAAGAACCAACAUGCAAAGCUGUCAGUUGUGGUGAGCCUGAAGUUGUUCCCCAUGCUAGCAUGGAUGGCAGGGACUUUACAUAUGGCAAGUCUGUGAUAUACAAGUGUGACGAAGGUUUUAAGCUGCACGGACAUGACGUCAGAACAUGUCAAGCUAACAGAACUUGGAGCAGUGAUAAACCCGAAUGUCUUCCUCUUCACUGCCCCCCUCCCACAGCAAUCACUAGUGGAACAGUACUAGGCAGUGACUUCACUUACAGACAGACUGUGCGCUAUGUGUGUGACUCUGGAUAUGAACUGAAAGGGAACCAGGAGAGACUUUGCCAAGCAAACCAAACCUGGAGAGGAGAGCUACCAGUGUGUGUGCCUGUGGACUGUGGCAAGCCUGAGCCUCUACCAAAUGGCCAGUAUAUAGGCAGUGACUUUACAUAUCAACAGAAGAUUGUAUACACAUGUAAUAAAGGAUACAGACUGUUGGGUAAGGCAGAGAGAGUUUGUCAGUCCAACCGUGAGUGGACUACAAGUCUUCCACAGUGCGUCCUCGUGACCUGUGAUACCGUAGGCCCCUUCACAAAUGGUGUCAUCACAGGCAACAACUUCACAUACAGCCAGAAGAUCCUGUUUCAGUGUAACAGUGGGUAUGAGCUGCGGGGUGUUUCUGAACGGACGUGUGGGGCUGAUGGUGUGUGGAGUGACACCCAACCUGUGUGUGCUCCUGUUAGCUGUGGUCCACCCCCACAGGUUCUCCAUGGGACUGUGAAUGGAACAGUCCACACCUACAGACAGAGAGUGGAGUAUACCUGUGAUACAGGGUACAUCAUGGAAGGGGUUGCUCAGCUUCAGUGCCAAGCUGAUAGGAUGUGGAGUGGGACAGCACCCAUAUGUAAAAGAGUGUAUUGUGGACGUCCUCCAGAUGUGCCUCACUGUGACAUUACCGACAACGGCCACUACUACGGCGAUGUGCAGGAUUACACCUGCCACAACGGCUACGUUCUGGAGGGGCCGUCAUCACGCACCUGCACAGAGGCAGGCACCUGGAGCCUGUACAGUCCCAGGUGUCAGCCUGUCAGUUGUGGCCCUCCUCCUCCUGUCAUCAAUGCCGAGAUCCAAGUAGACAGUUUCUUAUAUGGGCUGGGAUUGGCCAGGGUCCAGUGUGCAACUGGCUAUAUCUUGGUGGGAGAACCAAUCAGAACUUGUCUACCGAAUGGUUUUUGGAGUGGCACAACUGCCGAAUGCAACAAGGUGCAGUGCCCAGCUAUGCUUGCACCUCUAAAUGGACAGAUAACAGGGACUGGACACUCAUAUGGGGAUGUUGUGGUGUUUGGCUGCGAUGCUGGCUUCAGGCAAAAGGGGGCGCUUGACAGCAAGUGUACUGAGAUGGGAACUUGGAGCCAUCCCAGGCCAACAUGUGUAGCCCUGGAGUGCCCUCCCCCAGUCCUGCCCCUACACCUGUUCCUGUCCACACAGGACUACCAGGUGGGCUCAAGUCUGCAGCUCAAGGCCGAGGAGGGCUACAGACUGGUGGGGGACGAUACCAUCACUUGUCAGCUGAACCAGACAUGGUCAGGGGUAAAGGCCCUACCCAUACGAAUAAAGUGUGGGCGUCCAGUUUCCCCAGCCUUUGGGGCCGUGCGCGGACAGAGAUACGAGUACGGAGACACCGUCACGUUUAGCUGUCACUCAGGCUAUGUACUGGAGGGGAGCCGUGUGGCAACAUGUCUUCACACGGAGAGAUGGUCAUCUCAACCGCGCUGCAAAGCCUAUUGUGUACAUGGGUGCCACAAUGGAGGAGAGUGUAUCAGGCCCAAUACCUGCAGUUGUCAACAGGGUUACAGGGGGCCUUCUUGUGAACUUGCCUUUUGUGUUCUGCCGUGCCUCCAUGGAGGCAAGUGUGUUGGACCCUACAAAUGCCAGUGUCCUCCUGGAUACACUGGAUCUAGAUGUGAAAAGGCUGUGUGCAGGAAGCCCUGCCAGAAUGGAGGCAGGUGUAUGAGACCCAACAUGUGCUCAUGUCCCACAGGAUUCAGACCACCAGAUUGCUCCAGAGAGAUUGACAGGAGAUACAGAGACUACUACCGUCAACAGUACCAUUGAUGGAGCUGUGAUUCAAUAUUCACUUCAUGUAUAUAUAGUUGCUGCUAUGCACUUAUCAGAGACUGUUUCUCUUCUCUCUGUCCUGUCUCUCUGUUUGCACUUUGGCUGUUUGCAGGUGUUUGUAAUUAUGCAUUUUGCAUUACAAAGUAUGAUUUGUUUUUGUACCUUCAUCGGCUUUAAGAUACUUUGAGUAAAGUUAGACGUUUUUCCCAAGCAGAAACACAGUGCUUCUUUCUGAAUGUACAAUAUUAGUAGUGUCAUUAAGGCCUUGCAAUUGUAAUAUACUGUACAUGUGAGAGGAACAAUGGUUUGUUUCAGCUUGGCAUCCCCAGUGUACGUGUACUAGAUUUAAAUUUACAUUCAUCAGAUUCUGUAAGUGUAGUAGUGACUGUACCUAAAUGUACAUGUUGGCACAUAUCAUGUGGCGUGUGCAGUAUGUUGGCAUAAUUAAGCUGUUUAUUUAUUCAAGCCCAUAUUUAUCAUUAUUUUUGUUUUAAGUUGAUUGAUAUGUAAAGAAGUAAUUACAUUCCAAAAUCAGUCUGAGUGAGAGGUGACAAAUGAGAAAAAGAGGGGACAUCACAUGUUAUUGCAGUCCAUAAUUAUUAUACAAUGCAUUUAUGUGAUUCACAAUGUCUAUACAAGCCAUAUUUUACUGCAGUAUGUUUGCAACAUAUAGAGAUUAAAAGUAUCUCCUGCUUUCAAAGUAACACUGUCUAUGGAGCUAUUGUAAAUAAGGUUAUCCUUUUGUUGUUGCAUGUUGAAAAGUACGGGGUUUUCCAGAUUUGGGCUAUAAAAAGGAAACUGAAUUCAAGGGAAGGAAAGACAAAAAUUGUAUUAUAAAACUUUUAAUUCUGAUUACUUUACACCAAUAAAAAGUCCAAUACAA